AGUCUUAGAGACACACAGAGAGAAGAUAGAAGUAUUGCUACAUAAGCAGAGGUGAGGUAAACAGGGUUAUUUGAGGAGCAAUCCGUGAUUAAGGGUCAUCGAGGGAGUAAACAACAGUGUGGUGAUGAUGGAACGGGUUAAAACUGUGUGUUUAGUUCUCUGGGCUUUUGCUGUCAACUCUAUGGCAGAGGAAUAUAAGGAUCGCGCACUGAGGCUGAUGAACGAUACCCCACUUAUAGAUGGGCACAAUGACCUGCCCUGGCAAAUGAGGAACAUGUUUAAUAAUCGGCUCAGCACUGUGGACUUGUACGACCUGAACACCACACACACCAACAUCCCAAAAAUCAAAGCGGGGCGCCUCUCAGCACAGUUCUGGGCCGCUUAUGUACCAUGUGACACCCAGUACAAAGACGCAGUCAGACAGACCCUGGAGCAGAUCGAUGUCAUUCACAUGAUGUGUCAGAAAUACCCAGAUGUUUUCCAGUUUGCUGCUAGCAGUCAAGAUAUAAUGGAAGCCUUUCAGAAAAACAAAACCGCCAGUUUGAUUGGAGUGGAAGGAGGACAUUCGAUCGACAGCAGUUUAGGGACGCUGCGCACCAUGUACCAGCUGGGCGUCCGCUAUCUCACACUCACACACAGCUGUAACACACCCUGGGCAGACAACUGGCUGGUGGACACCGAGUCUGAGCCUGUACAGCACAAUGGUUUAUCUGAUUUCGGCAAGCGAGUGAUCCGGGAAAUGAACCGCAUCGGGAUGCUGAUCGACCUGUCUCAUGUGUCCGAGGCGGUGAUGAAGCAGGUUCUGGAGAUCUCCGAAGCUCCCGUUAUCUUCAGCCACUCUUCUGCCUACAGCAUCUGCGAAAACAAGAGAAACGUUCCCGAUGACGUGCUUCUGGAAGUGAAAAAAAAGAAGGGGAUCGUCAUGGUUAAUUUUUUUAAUAAUUAUGUGACCUGCCAAAACACUGCUAAACUCUCGGAUGUGGCUGAUCAUUUUGACCAUAUCAAGACCAUGGCUGACGCCAGUAUCAUUGGAUUUGGAGGAGAUUAUGAUGGUGUGCCAAGGGUGCCAGAAGGUCUCGAGGACGUGUCCAAGUACCCGGACCUGGUGGCUGAACUGCUCAGACGUAAUUGGACGGAUGAAGAGGUCCGAGAUGCUCUGGGACGAAACCUGUUACGAGUGUUCAGAGACGUGGAGGCGGUUCGAGACAGGCUGAACGGAGUGCAAGCUGACGAUGAACCCAUCCCUCUUAACGAAGUCCAAAACCCCUGCAGGACAGACUACGGCUAUCAAGAGAAAUCCAGUUCAACACGCACACAGGCUUUGUAUCCACUCGUCUUGGUUCUGACAUGGAUCAUCACAUUCUUGUAAUCGACCCCUUCAUACAGAGUUGGCUUGUAACACACAUUAUAAAGAGUUUAGUUUGGCAUUUAAGAAUGUAUAGUCAACAAAAAGUAAUUUGGCAUGCAAUUAUUUCAAUGUCAGGUGAAAUGAUGCUUACAAAUAUACAAAUAAAGUAAAAGCCUGUUCAGUGACUUGCCAGUCAAAUGUUUGGACACAUCUGUUCUUUGUUAGGCCUACUAUUAUUUGA